GUUGUUGUUGUUGUUGACGUUAAAGUUUAACGUGAUAUCAGGUGGUUUGACGCGAUUGACGGUAGGGCGUAUUAUGUCCGGAUAGUGUGAAACUUAAAUUUCGGUAUGGCGGAUUUUGUUCACGAGUUAGAACAAGCAGCACAGAUUAUUUUGGCACCACCUCAGGCAGUUACCCAUGACCAACGUCACGCAGCUGAAGAGAUCAUUCUCUCUUUCCGAAAGUCUAACAACUCCUUGAGUGUUUGCAGACAUAUAUUUGAGCACAGUAAACAUGAUUAUGUUUUAUUCCAAGCUGCAACUACAAUUAAAGACACUGUCGUGAGGAAUUGGAAAGACUUGGAUAAAAAUGAGAUUGAAUCAAUUCGAUCCUUUCUGCUUCACUUUGUUACAGGAAAAGUCAGUUUACAGAGUUAUGUCCGUGAACAAGUGCUCCAAGCUGUUGCAGUCAUCUUCAAACGUGGAACAUUAGAUGGAAAGAAUCGACAUCAACUUAUGGAAGAUGUCACUCAAAUGGUUGCUAGUGGAAAUCCUCAAAUGCAAACCAUUGCUUGCUCUGUUUUGUCAGCCUUAUUGAAUGAGUUUUCAAGUUCCGCUCGUGCUAGUGACAUGGGGCUCAACUGGGAAUUCCACACAACCUGCAAGAGAAAUUUUGAGACCAAUGAUUUGAAGCAGAUCUUUAUGCUAGCUGUACAGCUACUGCACCAGUAUAGUAGUUUACCUGACCAGCAGAACCCAGAAAGGAAGGCAGUAUUCAGCAGAUUUCUCAACAUCUCCGAGCAGAUACUCUGUUGGGACUUCAGUAACAUUCGUCCAGCCAGACGUAACAUGAUUGUGUCAACUGACAUCCUAAUUCAGUUCUUUAAACCGGACAGGAGUUGGCGGCAGACUGUGUUGGACAAGAAGCUUGUGGAACACUUCUUUCAGAUUCAUGGUCUUGUGCGACAGUAUCCUGAAUUAUGCCAUCAUGCCAUGCAGUGUCUUGUGCAACUUGCGUCACUGAGUGGUGGUAUCUUUCAGACAGAAGAACAACGCCAGACUUACUUCACUGGUUACAUCCAGUGCUUCCUACUCAUGCUCUCCAGCAUUGGUGAUAUUAAUAGCUAUGAAGCAGUCGGACUGGCAAGCAUCGCAAGUCGUCUGAUUGCAGUCUACCCGAUUUCCCUGAUGGUUUGUCUUCCACCGGACCUUUUGUCUUCUUUCAUAAGAAGUCUCUCAACUCUAACAACAUACUUUGGAAGACAGGCAGCAUUAGAGGAAGCGAUGCACAAAGAUGAUAUGCUACACCAAGAGGCGUUUGACCUGUUAUUAGAUUGUUGGACCACUUUAGUGGUGGAUACCCAUCACUUUCCCAAGGGCUACUUCAGACCAUAUGCAACAGAAAUCUACAACUGCUACUUACAAUGCCACCUUGCCGCCCCUGAUGGCACAAGAAACCAGACUGAUACUGGCUGUGGAGACAUCAAUGAGGAAGAGGUCAACGAACUGGAGGAAGAUGAUCAUGACCUGUUUGGUGACCAACUCAGCAGUAUAGCAUUCCUAGGAAGAGCAUGUCUUGAACAUAGCUUACAUCUAAAUGUAAAGCUUCUAGAGGACCGAAUACAACGUCUCCACGGACAAUUGCAGCGAGUGAAAUCACAAGCUACAAGUGGUGACGCACUGAUCAACGUUGAUAAUAAACUAAUUAUAGACCUAUUUGAAGAUAUUCACUGGCUUGUUCUAAUAUCAGGGUACCUAAUAGCAGACGACGCUAAGGGUGAAACACCUCUGAUCCCCUUUGAGAUUAUGCAAUACUCAAUUCAAGAAACUCCAAAUGUAAAUGUUGAAACUACUUUACAAGUGUUAGGGUCACCUGGGCAUGCUGUGUCAUCCAUACCAGGAAGUGAAACAAGUAGUGAUAAAGUUGUCAGAUUGAUAGCUGCUGUGUUUCGUUUGUCUGAAGUUGAGCGACGUGCAAUAGAGGCCAAUCUGACACACAUUCUCAGCCCACAGUUGGGUACUACCAUUGUCUGGUUCCUCAAACGAUGGUGUCGCUCGUACCUAGUCUUGAAUGAGAAAUACUACUCGCAUGUAAGCCUACCCAUUGUUAGUGCCUUUGGAAUGGAUACAGCAGGGGCGCAAUGGGCAACAAGCUUUCUCCUGGAGAAGGUUAUUUCAAAUCUAUCUGUAUGGAGCUCAGAGGGAUCACUUGCCAAUGAUACAAUUAAUUUAUUUGUUACACUUGUUGAGAAAAAAGAAAGGUGCGCAGCAGUGUUGUCGUGCAACCAUUUCUGGACAUUAGUUAAACAUCAUCUGUCCUGCCAGCCCCCACUGGACGUCCUGUCAAUUGACAUUAAGUGCAAUGUGAUGAAAGCAUUGGUGUUAGCUGGGUCCAUGGCAAAUGAUGACGGAACCAAAGACAGGUACAGACAGGAGAUAUUGCAACCACUACAAGAAAAGUUCAACAGUUACGUUGAUGAAGAAUCAUUUGAUGCCAACGCUACCAACGAACCUGUAAUGUCAGAUAUAUGCUUCUGUCUAAGUCUACUUAAGGGCGUGCUGCAAGCAACAAGAGUGGAUAACGUGCUUCAUCUCCACAACUACUGUUUUCCAUUUUUGUCACGUUGCAUAGGUCUUGUUAAAGUCUACCAGAAUUAUCCAGAGGUCAUUGUCCUAAUUCUUGAAGUGUAUGUAGAGUUGGCUAACCGGCAGUUGUGUUAUAUAAACGAGACACAGAGCCAUAAAGUUUAUGAAUCCAGUCUUUCAUUGCUUCAUACGUAUUCCAAGUUCAACCUGGGUAAGAAGAGCCGUGAGGUGACAGUUGAGGAUGACCGAUGCGAGAGUGUGUCCCUCCUCAUGGAUCUCUUAACUAACCUAUUAUCAAAGGAUUUAAUAGGAUUUGAAAACUCAGAUAUAGAUGUGAUCCCAACACACCCCUCAAGCCAGGUGUCUGCUGCCGACAUCGUGCUUUAUGGUCUCAAUAUAGUGGUUCCUCUGAUGGACUUAGAACUUCUCAAGUUCCCAGAUUUGUGUUCCCAGUACUACAAGCUAGUGACAUUCAUAUGUGAAUUGUACCCUGAGAAGGUAACAGUGCUCUCACAAGACCUGUUCAACAGCUUCAUGGCUUCCUUGGAGCUAGGCCUUACAAACUUUGGUGGUGAUGUAGCCAAAUUGUGUUUUGAUGCAAUAGCUAGCCUGUGUGUGCAUUGCCAUGGCUUGGAGGACCGCAACAACCCCCUGUGGGGUGCAUUGCAUGCAAUCUUUAAGGUGGUGUUUAAUCUCCUUGUGCUGGAACCAUUUGACACAGAAUUGAUCAAUUGUGCUGCUGAGGCCCUCUAUGGUUUAAUAUGCUGUCAUCAGACAUAUUAUGCUGAGUUGGUGAACCAUUUGUUAAGUACCCAAUCAGAUCUGGUUUAUUACCAGCGUUUAGCAGAGGCAUUUAAUCAACUAACCCCUGCAGGACAGCCUUUAUCAUUGGACAGAGCACACAAGGCAUCGUUUUACAAGAAACUAGAAUCAUUCUUAUCAACUGUACGUUUACUCAUGUGCGUAAAAUGAUGCUGAAAUGAUAGUGGCAAAUGGGAGAGAAUGAAGAGCCAUGCUCCGUUCCCUCUACAUGCAAGUAAUGAAAGCAGAGAUUCAAGCAGAUUGGGAUCCAUGCUGAGCUGGUUGAAUGUCGUUGCAUGAAUUGGAGUAGAGAUUGUUGGCGGAGGAAAUGACUCCAUGCCUGUCAAUCUCAAAAGAUGUUGUGGCAGCAGUAGGUAUUAGUAUUAGGGAGGUUUCGCUAUCCGUAAUGGUUUUUAGCCAUUCUGUGUUUUUCGCAAUCACAGCGGAAUUUAAGCGUACGGCCUAGUCCUAUUCCAUUUUCUUCUGUCAUCAUGCUUCUCAAAAUCAGAUUUUGGCAUUGGAAAUUUGAAGUGAUAGCCGAAUAAUGCUCCUUCCCUCGUUGACAAGAAAAGUUGGAUAUUUCGUGGUAGGCCCUAUUGUUUAUGACCAAUGCCUGGCUACUGUAAGCGGAUUCCUAUACGCUGGGCUAAGCCGAAAAUCCUGACACCACCAAGCACCAACGUUUUAAUACUCCAAAUGAGCCGCAUCCUAUCGUAAUUUGCUGUCUUUGAAAGUCACAAAAAUGGCAUGUACGUAUUCAAAGAUACAUUUAUUUGUUGAACUUGCUGUAAAAUGUGAAAAAAAAAACGAAGAUCCUACUAGAAAUUCAAAAUUUUCUACGCGUUUUUCGCUUGUGUGCAGUGAGCGAGUUAGUGGAUAGCAACCGGUGUACGACAUAAAUGAUGACGUAUCCGUCACACUAACCGUAUGCGUUUGCAUGCGAAACCUCCCUAUUAUCUACAGAAUUUCCUGGUCGUGUGCUGCCGUCAGAGACAGGAAUUUCAUAUCUGACCAUGGCAUCAAAGUUUGUCUCAUGAGGUGUUGACUUCUUUGAAUGCAUCAGUUGCACAAAUAUAAAUAUACAGUAAAAACAAGUUUGAAUUGAAAUGUUUUAUAACAAUUUCAAUUUUUUAAAAUUUUGUUGUAUUCAUUUUAAUUUUUUGGAAAUUUUGAAAAAAAGAAAG